CGGUCCUCCACACCAGCGGGCCAGCGCCAGAAACCAGUCGGCGGAGCGGAUCUCGGGUGAGGUCGAGGGAUGGCGAACGGCGGCGGCUACGUGUGGGCCCUCGCGGCGGGCUUCAACGCCGCGCUCGCCGCCAUCUCCGCCAAGUUCUUCGCCACUCUGUUGCUGAAAUAUGGCAUGGUGAUAGCUUUCAAUGUGACAAUGUGGGGGUGUUAUGUCAACAGCCUCAAAGCUUUGUCAUCCCUCCAGGCAACAGUGACAAACUUCGCCGCCAACUUCAUCUCGUCUGGGCUUGCAGGGUAUUUCCUGUUUGAAGAGCCCCUGCCUUCUAAGUGGUUUGCAGGUGCCAGUCUUAUCAUUCUUGGCGUCUUUGUCCUCAGCAAGUCAAGCAUCGAGGAGAAACCGAACACAGAUUAAGAGGAAAGUUUUGACCACUAGUGUUAGCUGUAACAUAGGCUGAGCCUACUUAUACUUCUUUUAUUUUUCCCAUGGGAUGUUUGUCCAUAGCCAAAUCAGACCAUGACUUAGUCACUCGGCUAAUACAAUGCACCAGUAUGUUCUCCAAGCUGUCACUUGAGCUUAUUGUUUGUUCAGUAAUCCAGCUCCUGGGAUAUUUCCCAUGGUGGUGCUGGUACGUCGAAACUUAUCGCUGUAAAUGUAUGAAUAUAUGGUGGAUUGGUUUUAUUCUGAUUUCACGGUGAGACAAACAAAGCUGUGGUGAUAUCAUUUGUUUGA